AUGUAUGGGCUGUGGAUAUUUGCUGUUUUUGUCGCUGUUUUUGUGGCCGCAAGUCCACAUUCUCGAGGAUGCCCGCCAGUUUGUGAUAUGGCGUGUCAGCAUGGCUACGUGACAGAUAAGAAUGGGUGUGUCCUCUGCCAGUGCCGCGAGAACCCGAGUCCACAGUCUCGAGGAUGCCCGCCCCUUUGUGAUAUGGCGUGUCAGCAUGGCUACGUGACAGACGAGAAUGGGUGUGUCCUCUGCCAGUGCCGCGAGAGUCCGAGUCCACAGUCUCGAGGAUGCCCGCCCGUUUGUGAUAUGGCCUGUCAGCAUGGCUACGUGACAGACGAGAAUGGGUGUGUCCUCUGCCAGUGCCGCGAGACCACAAACACACCAUUCAGGAGUUGUCCGCCCCUGUAUGAUAUGUCAGCUUGGGUUUGUGACAGACGAGAACCACUGUGA